GUUCCUCUAAAAAAAGUGCUGUCAAUGUGGCUCUACGUUGAUCGGUGAGUGGCCAGGACAGGUGCAAUAGGACUACGGGCUGAGCGACGGAGACACGCUCCGUUACUACUUAGCAGGCUCGCCGGGCGAUUCGGCGACACUCGUGAUCGUUACUCUACCGCGAGACCACGAGGAUCACACGUCAAACGCGAAACUCUCCUUCGAGGCUGAUCAGUGCACGAUCAUCCAGCGACGACCAAACUAUUCUUCAAAAUCCAAUUUUUUUAUUGCACGAAGAAUUUCGUUUCGAAACUCGCGGCAUUAUACGGAAAAAAGCUUUACGAAAGCGAGUGAAAAGUUGUUUUCGAGGAACGAUCCGAGUGUCGGGCGGACGGAGAUCGGGGACUUAUGAGAUUUCGAUAAGUGUGGUCCAGGCUCGGACAAGAUGCUUCUCGACACCAAACCCCUCGGAAGCUACACGAAAACUAUCGAAGCCGACAAUGAUCAUCCGGCGCUCACCGAUCGCAGGAACGUUAUUAACAAUAAUAACAUUGAAAUAAGGAACACCAUCGAGGAGGAUCACAUCACGAUCGCCAAAGGAACGACCAUCCAGAAUUUUUAUGCCGGCCAAAGUCUUCUCAUUACAGGCGGAACCGGCUUCCUCGGUAAAAUUCUCGUGGAGAAACUGCUGCGAAGCUGUCCCGACAUAUCCACCAUUUAUCUCCUCAUACGAGCAAAAAAAAACAAAAAUGUACAGGACCGCGUCGAAGAUCUGUUCAAUGACCCGAUUUAUGAUCGAUUGAGGAAGGAAGUGCCGAAAUUUCGCCACAAACUCGUCGCCAUAUCUGGAGACUGUAGCAAACGAGGACUCGGACUUUCUUCAGUGGAUCGUGAGCGUCUGACUCGAGAGGUUUCGAUAGUGUUCCAUGGAGCUGCGACAGUCCGUUUCGACGAGAGAAUAGACAUAGCAUUGGCGAUAAACGCGGGCAGUGCUGUCGACAUGAUUGAUCUGUGCAAGCACAUGGAAAGGCUCAAAGCAGUUAUUCACGUGUCGACAGCCUACGCGAACUGUCAUCUGUCAACAAUCGAAGAAGCCUUUUACCCACAUACGACGUCGUACGAUGAAUUGAAGGCUCUUUUCACUGAUAUGGGCGAGAAAGAAAUGGCGAAAAUAACGCCAAAACUUCUUGGCGAGUGGCCCAACACUUAUACAUUCACGAAGGCACUCGCGGAACGCGUCAUCAAAGAGAAGAGUCAAGGUCUCAGCAUAGGAAUUUUCAGACCAGCCAUUAUCAUUUCUACAGCAUUCGAACCCAUACCAGGCUGGAUCGACAAUUUUUAUGGUCCGACCGGUGCCGUCGGUGCGAUUGAAACGGGCAUUUUGAAAACGAUGUACUGCCGUCAUUCGGUACAAGCGAACAUCGUCCCAGUUGACUUUACCGUGAAUGCUCUGAUAGUGAGUGCUUGGGACGUGGCCAGUCAGCCACAAAGGAGAGCCGAAAAUAUGCUCAUUUACAAUUACGUGUCGACGCUCGAGAACUCUAUUACGUGGAAGGACUACAAAGACAUUAAUUUGAUCCACGCAUCCGAGUUCCCAUUGAGCCAAGCCAAGUGGACUGUCUCCGUCACACUCCACGAUCACAAGUUGAUGGACUUUUUAAGCAGAAUAGUUUUCCAUUACAUACCUGCCCUCGUGAUCGAUUCUUUCUCCAUUUGCCUCGGAUAUAAACCAAAACUGUUGACUACGUACAGAAAACUUCAUAGAUUCAUCGACGUCGUCUCGUGGUUCUGCGUACGUGACUGGACCCUGACGAAUAACAAUGUCGAACACAUGUGGAAACGUCUCGAAACAAAGGACCAGCAAAUCUUUCGGUUCGACAUGAGACAAUUGAACUGGAAAAAAUACUUCAAAAAUUAUAUUAAGGGAGUGAGAGUGUACCUCUUCAAAGACGACCUCAGUACUUUGGAAGCGAGCAGGAAAAAAUCUGAAAGAUUCCGUUCAAUCAAUGCGACGAUAAAAAUUUUCCUUUGCGCCAUCUCGUUAUUGUUAUUUUGGAAAAUGUUGCCAAUAACUUUUUCGUGAGCUGCUCAAAGUGAAAUAUCAAAUUCCACGUUCAAUCAGAUUCCAUUAGACUUGGAAUGAGAUCGUCCGAUUUCCUGUACAUAUUAGUAUUCGUAAGGAAUUAAGAGCAACGUUAAUAUUAAGGAUUUUUCGUUGACGUAUGAUUUGUAGAAUAUUUGGCGACAUUUCACGAAAGUACACGUAAAAGUUCGGAGAAGGCAAGCAUUGACGAGCGAGGACGGUCGCGUUCGACGAAAACGAAAAUCCGUGUAAGAUUUUUACGAGGAGAGUGCGAACAGAAACUUUCUCUCGCAGGCAACAGGUCCAAAAUUAAAAACCGGUGGAGGUGACUACAAAAAACGAUAACUAGAAGGAAGAAAAAUCAAAGGAAGGCACCGCGGGCCGUCAUCAUAUUGCCGAAGUGCGACUCAGCUCAUUUUUGUCACGAUGUCUUAUUUAUACGUCAACUACGCCCCCAUUUUUUGUAUUACCCUUGAUGUUUUUUAAUAGACUAUAAACGAGUGAAUAAAAUCGUUGCGUUUCUCCCAAUUUUAUUGACUCUGCAGAGAAUAUCGAGAAAGGAGUCCAAACAGUUUUAAUUCAACGUUUAUCAAUUUCUUUAUCAUAACUGCGAGUGCAUAAAGUUGUGUCGAGUGCAAUAAUAAAUUGGUCCAAAAUUUUCCAGAAAACCGA